AUUAUAGAUGUUUUAGAAAGUUGUAAGUUGGUUUAGAGAGCUAUUUUUUGGAAAAGAGUUAGAGAUUGCUUUGGUAGGAUUAUAAAAUGCAGGCAAAACCACUCUGGUUAAUACAAUGGCUACAGGCAAGUUCGAGGAAGACACAAUCCCAACAAUAGGGUUUAAUUUUCGAUCUGUGAAGAAGGGAAAAGUGUAAAUGAAGAUGUGGGAUGUCGGAGGAUAAGCAAGGUUUCGAGAAUAAUGGGAAAAGUAUUGCAGAUCAGCAGAUGUAAUCAUUUUUGUUGUGGAUGCACAAGAUUAAGGAAACUUAGAUAUCGCUCGGUAGUAACUUAAUUAGCUAAUUUCUUGGCCUAGUUUAGAAGGGAUCCCCCUAUUAGUAUUAGGAAAUAAAUAUGAUCUACAAGGAUGGUAACAUCAUUCUCUAUAUUUCUAGUAUUACAGAAUAAGAGCUAAUUACAUAAAUGAACUUAAAUUCAAUUAAAGAUAGAUUGGUUGCAUGCUAUAGCAUUUCAGCCAAAAAAAAUACAAACAUUGACGAAAUGCUAAAAUGGUUGUCCAAAAUCUAAAGAAAAAAUAAAUGA